AUGCAGCAAAAUAAGAGUAUAACUGAGUUCAUUCUUUUAGGAUUGACACAAGAUCCUAGGACACAAAAAAUAGUGUUCAUAAUUGCCUUGAUUUUCUAUAUUGGAACCAUAAUGGGCAAUUUGCUCAUUAUUUUGACCAUCAAGUUCAGUAGGACACUUGGGAGCCCCAUGUACUUCUUCCUAUUUCAUUUGUCCUUUACUGAUACCUGCUUUACAACUUCCACAGCCCCUAGACUAAUUAUGGAUUCUAUCUCUGCAAAGAAAGUUAUAACCUACAAUGAGUGCAUGACACAAGUCUUUACAAUGCAUUUAUUUGGUGCUAUAGAGAUCCUUGUCCUUAUUCUCAUGGCUGUUGAUCGCUAUGUGGCCAUCUGUAAACCCUUGCGUUACCAGACAAUUAUGAGACGACAGGUGUGCAUCAUCUUGAUUAUAUUUACUUGGAUUGUGUCUUUUUUACAUUCUAUAGCUCAGAUUGCCCUGGCUCUGAAACUACCCUUCUGUGGACCCAAUAUGAUUGAUCAUUAUUGCUGUGAUUUGCAACCCUUAUUAAAACUUGCCUGUAUGGAUACUUAUAUGAUCAAUGUACAGUUGGUGGCCAAUAGUGGGGCCCUUUGCUCAACUAGUUUUGUGCUUCUCAUGAUCUCAUACUGUAUUAUCUUGCAUUCACUGAGGAAUCACAGUGCAGAAGGGAGGAAAAAAGCCCUUUCCACUUGUACCUCUCACAUCACCGUAGUCAUCCUAUUCUUUGUUCCAUGUAUAUUCAUAUAUACACGUCCACCAACCACUUUCCCCAUGGACAAAAUGAUGACACUCUUUUAUACUAUUGUCACACCCUUUCUCAAUCCACUCAUCUACACCCUAAGGAAUGCAGAAGUGAAGAAUGCCAUGAGAAAGUUAUGGAGUAUCAAAAUUAACUCAGAAAGCAAAUGA